AUGGUGCGGUGGGGAUGUGUUCCACUGAGGGAUUUUCCGCCCGGGAACCAGGUGUCCCCCGCCGAUUCGAAGCUCUUCAUGACUCUCCUGGCUCUGCCUGCAAGCGCAUCUGGUGCUGAUGAGAUACCACAGUGGAAGAGAAGUGAAGGGACCCGUUGGUUUGACCGGGACAAUCCUUCAGGAGUGGGAGAUUUUGAACUACUCUCCGACCUAAGGAAGGAAUACCCCAGUGAAAUUUGCCCCAACCCUCUUUCCAUCGAAGCGGAGACUCUGGAGGGGACGUCGGCUUCUCAGACCGGACAGACCUUUAAACUGUUUAAUCCCAUGGAAGGAUUUGCGUGUGUGAAUGAAGCCCAGGCGAAAGGCUUCUGCCAGGACUACAGAGUCCGGUUCACCUGUCCGCCAGACUUCUGUUCAGUUCCCGCUUGCAGGACCCGUUGGUUUGACCGGGACGAUCCUUCGGGAGUGGGAGAUUUUGAACUACUCUCCAACCUACGGAAGGAAUACCCCAAUGAAAUUUGCCCCGACCCUCUUUCCAUCGAAGCGGAGACUCUGGAGGGGACGUCGGCUUCUCAGACCGGACAGACCUUUAAACUGUUUAAUCCCACUGAAGGAUUUGCGUGUGUGAAUGAAGGCCAGGAGAAAGGCUUCUGCCAGGACUACAGAGUCCGGUUCACCUGUCCGCCAGACUUCUGUUCAGUUCCUGCUUGCAGGACCCGUUGGUUUGACCGGGACAAUCCUUCGGGAGUGGGAGAUUUUGAACUACUCUCCGACCUAAGGAAGGAAAACCCCAAUGAAAUUUGCCCCGACCCCCUUUCCAUCGAGGCGGAGACUCUGGAAGGGACGUCGGCUUCUCAGACAGGACAGACCUUUAAACUGUUUAAUCCCACUGAAGGAUUUGCGUGUGUGAAUGAAGGCCAGGCGAAAGGCUUCUGCCAGGACUACAGAGUCCGGUUCACCUGUCCGCCAGACUUCUGUUCAGUUCCCACUUGCAGGACUCGCUGGUUUGACCGGGACGAUCCUUCGGGAGUGGGAGAUUUCGAACUACUCGCUGACCUAAGGAAGGAAUAUCCCAAAGAGAUUUGCCUCGGCCCCAUUGGGAUUGAAGUUCAGACCCUGAACGGGACGCCAGCGUCUCACAUGGGACAGAUCUUCAGUCGGAGGCGUCGCCGCUGCUCCUUGGAGCUCCUGUGCUCGGCGCUGCCCUGGCUGCUGCUGCUGGAGGCGAAGGCUCCUUCCCUGCCGUACAGACCCGAGCACCCAAGCCAAUGCCAGGAUCCGGACAACGAGUACUACGAUCAGACCGCCCGCAUGUGUUGUCACUUCUGUCCCCCAGGUUUUCGAGUGCGCCACCACUGCAACGAGAGCAUCAACACACAGUGUGAAGCCUGCGAGGUGAACACCUAUACAGAGACGUCGAAUUCAGCUGUCCGCUGUUUGGGCUGCUCUCCCAGAUGCAAACCAGGAUUGGUGGAGAUCCAGGAAUGCACUCGCACUCAAAACCGAUACUGCUGGUGUCCCCCUCACGAAUUUUGUAAAGCGAGGCUCUUUGAAACAUGUGCUCGGUGUCAGCCGUACCAACAGUGCCCAAAAGGCUACGGAGUUGCAAAACCAGGCACGGAAAGCAGUAACGUGGAGUGUGCGCCCUGCGAACCGGGCACGUUUUCGGAUGUGGACUCUCACAACGCCACCUGCAGGCCCCACAGGGUUUGUGAAUUGGAGCUUCUUCCUGGAAACAGCAGCCAUGACGCUGUUUGCAAGAAUUCCAGUGGUGCCAUUCCAGUCACUUCUCCUCACCCCAUGGCCAAGGACAAGAAGACCUCCUCUCCGGAGCUCUCUGUGAGCAGCACUCCAAAAGUGGACACUGAAUCAAGCCGGCAGAAACCUUCUUCUACAGACAUUGCUUACAUUAUUGGGGGUCUUUUGAUCGGCCUGUUUCUCAUGGCUGCCUUUAUAGGGGCUUUUAGCUGUAUCGUCUCUUGGAGAAAAGCUCCACACUGCAAGAAACUCUUCGGGGGUGAAAAACAGCCGUUCUCAUCCACCGAAAAGGGACCUGACAAAUGGGCACGCGUCUCCUGCACCACAGGGCAGGAGGAAGAGAACCUCUUGAAGAUUUCCCCGUCGAGCAGCGGAUCCUUGGAUGACCCGCCAGCGUCGGAGAGAAGCAGUGGAACUGGCGAUCUGGAGGACUCCAAUAAAGAAGUAGAGACCAGUCGACAAAGAUCAUCUCCGUCGAACAGCUGCGUUUACCACAGCAGGGCAAACUUAAAGCAACCUGGCACCGGUGGCACGCAUGUGAACAUCAGCUGUGUGGUCAACGUUUGCAAUCCAGAACAUAGCUUGCACCUCCUGUCACUGAACAGCUCGACCGAGGCAGAGGCUUUGGCGGGAGAAGACGUCCCCCUAUCCAAAGAAGAAAGCCCCAUCCAAAGAGCGUCUGAAAGGCAAACUGCUGUGGAAGUUGAGGACAACAACAUGGACACUUUUGCCUACGAAGAGGGAAAGCCGCUUCCGCUGAGCGUGCAGGAUGUAGGAAUGAAGACCAGGUGAAGGGGCGGAUCUGCCAGAACCCCAGCGAGAGCAGCCGAGGAACUGGCUGGCUUCCUCCGAAGCAAACGUGUGCUUUGCUACAGAUCUGCCGUGGACCUUUUACGGGGCCCGAGGGUCUCUCGCUGUUCGUAGCGUGACCCAAUGCUGUUGGGAGCAUUUCAAAGGCUGAGAUUUGUGGGUGACCAGAUGAAAAGGGGCGGUGGCAAGGAAACUACUUUUUUGCAGUUGUGCAGGAGGGAGGACUUUGGAAAGGGUCGUGCGGGUAUGAGAGGAGGGGGAUCGGCCAGGAAUCCCCUGUUCCUGUGACUAACACCUGCCGGACCACACCGAAGGUCCAACUCGUCCAGCAUCCUGUUCUGAAUGGCGGCUACCCAGAUGCCUCCGGGAGCAGGACAGGCAGGGUAUAGAGGCUCAAGUCCUCCCCUGCUGCUUAUGCCCCGGAUUCAGAGAUAGGCUACCUGUAAGCAUGGAGGCUUCAUGGAGUUAUCUUGGUUCACCAGCCAUUGAUAGAGGCACUCCCUGUUAAGAACAGCCCUACUGGAUCUGACCAAAGGUCCAUCUAGUUCAGCAUCCUUUCACCCCCCCAACAACAGCUAGUCAGAUAUCCUUCAGGGCAUGAAGGAUAAAACUCUUCCCUGCAGCUGUCCUUCCAACAGAAUCCAUUGCUGUUCUCCUUUUCAUCAGGUCACCCCAAAAGCUUCAAGUUGGAUCCAGGCCCCCUUUUCACUCGAACAUUUUCAAUGCCCCUCUUGAAUACAGCAGUCGUCCCACGUACAUGCUGGCCCCAUGACCCAUGACAUCGCCUUGUCCUUGUGUUCAAGGGAGACUCCAUUUCCUUGUGUUCAAGGGAGAGCCAGUUUGGUGUAGUGGUUAGGAGAGUGGACUGUAAUCUGGGAGACGCGGGUUUGAU